AUGGCUCUCAUCAGGGCGCUCUCGGAGGUCCUUGCGAACCUUGGUACUCAGGACUCCCCAUGUCAAACAAGCGCUAAUACUGGACACAUGGCGAGCAUCAAACGUUGUUUCGACAUCCCUCCAGUCAGCCGCGCCGCAGGCCUUCUGUUGAGCUUGACUUGGUGGGACACAAAGAAAACGUAUACGACGGCGAACGCCCCAGUCUACGACACGCAGCUAUAUAAGCACUCGGUCACGCUAGGAUGCUUCUCCAUGCCAUAUGCGCCAGCUGACAUCUUUCUAUGUUAUAACAUCAACGGUGCGAACGGCGACAGGGCGCGUUUGUCCACGAGCGUAGCGAUGCCUGUAAGGGACAAUCGCGUACGGAACAUGACCGUUCUGUACCACACAGUGCAGGAUCUGUACCACAUUCUUGUGCGACUCUCUGUGACAAUCCAAAUAUACGCCGAUAUCUAUGAGCAGGGGAUAUCACUCACCAUCACUACGUCCCUAAUCGUCACUGAGCAGACGAUGGCUAAUCAGCUUCAACAAGGACAGGCAAGUUCAGUAAUUCCUCCUGGCAUGGAAAGAGAGGACAGAAUGUACACCGCCCUUUCGUCUGGUUUUUUUACAAUCUCAAACAUAAACUUCAAUAGGCUCAUUAUAUAUAUGCGCGAUCUCUGUCUAAAGAGAAACUGGGGUGAGGCUGCAAAGGCGCUAACAGAAGCUGCCGGUCUGGAUCCAACGAACGAAGCUCCCAUCUCUAGUACGCGAGGUUUUCUGUGGGAAUGGUGGAUCGUAUUUUGGAAGACGCACAGUGCUGCAACAGAGCCAAGAGGCACAGAUAGCCCGCAAACAGGUGCUCAGAGUCCACCGGGAGUGCAGUCACAAACCACUCAGCCCUCUAGCGCGAGCAACUAUGGCACCCACUCUCAGGUAUCAGCCCCCCCGUGCAACCCCACCGCGAGCCCUCACUGCGAUUCAUCCCGGAUUCCGGAGAGCACGGGAACAGGUACCUUACCGAGACCCUCGGCACCCAUCUCGAGCGGACUUCCGACGUACCUGCCAGCACUUAACCAUAUCGGCGGGUCACAACAUGGUACGGGUUCGCUCGACCAUGGCAAGCGUAGGACUCCUCCCGUUCAGCAUUCUUCCUCCGGCAAGCGCACGUGCACUUUUCCGCCGUAUGCGGCGCCUGCCCCAUGGGCAAUGCCGCAAAGCUGGCAGCCGAUCAUUGCGCCAGGUUCUCAACCAUUGUUGCAGCAGCCAGGAGCUUAUGAUACUCUCGCCCAACUUUCCCAAACCCAGGGUACGAUUGACCCUAGCUUAAUCAUAAGCGAUGAGCCAUUCGACAUCAAUCCGGAAUUCGCCGUCAAUUCGGGAGCAUGGCCCUUUCCCAUGCCGCACGCAUCUGGAGGCGGGCAUUAA